AUGUUGGAAGAAGUAUUGAGUCAUUUACUUGACUUUUACUCCAAAUUCAUCCUUCGCAAUGAAUAUGCCAUCACCUAUUUGGACAACAAUUAUUAUUCAUUGACCAUUUUAGUGAGUGGAUUGUGGGUCGGGUGGUCCUUGGGAGUCACUCUUCCCUGCAUGAUGAUCCAUAUGUAUUGGUAUUUCAAAACAACGACCAAUGCAUCGCAUUCACCAACCUUGUCCACCACUACUACCACCACCACUGGUCAUUCCAUCGUCACCACCACAGAACCAAGAUCAGCACCGACCACCACAUUCAAUACCACAACCACCACAACCACCUCGGAGAGAUCGGUGACCUCCUCCUCUCAUGGCGGACAUGGUUCAUCAACAACAAACACACUCUCUCCGUACAUGAUCCACUGCGACCAUAGUUCAACCACACGACGACCACAAGGCCGAUCGGAACAACUCGACAUCGAGCAUCCCUUCGCUCUGCAUGACCAGGAGUAUCGAGAGGUGGAAAUGUCUUUUAUCCAGGAGCAAGAACAGCAUCGAGUUGUAGUGUCAGACUGCAGGAACCCAUCUUCUCAUAGUGAUGAUGAGCAAACGGUCAUGUCUUGUUGCUCUUCUUCCUCGGUAUCGAGAACUCGACGGCAAUAUCAUCACCGAUCGUGCUUUCAUGUGUUCACCUAUAUUUCCUUUUUGGUCUCGUGUCUAUUAAUGGCAAUUGUCUUCUUGUUGAGCUCCACGUUCAGCAAAAUUCAUUUCAUGUGGUCUUCGUUAUUCAUGACGAGUGUUUUGUCCAUUUGGGUGAUGGGUGUUUUUGUGUUGGAUUUUAAAAGACUUGUGGUGGAAAUGCUUUGUUGUGGUUGUUGUUGUAGACGUCAACAAAAGAAGUGUUGUUCAUCGACCAUCUCCGCACUUGUCACCACCAUUGAAGAAGGCCAAGAAGAAGGUCACGAAGAAGACCCCAUUGAAGAACUCAUUGAAGAUCAUCCCAUGCAACAUGAGAAAUUGUUAAAGGUGACACAUGAUCCAUCAUUGCAUGAGCGCGACAUAGACCAUCACCAAAUUUCAGCUCUUCUCACUCCACAAGUCAUUCCUUCUUCCAAAUUCAAGUCACAUCUUUCCUCCAUGUUAAAUUUUUGCCUCAAAAAGCAUUCCAACAACUUCAUCCUUCCACAAAAAUUCUGUAAACCUUACAUUGCAAACAAGCCCUUCCUCUUCACUACUCUCGUUCUUUGCAUGGUCGUGUCCCUUAUUUUCCUUUUUUGUACAUUACUCUCCUAUUCCUUGUACCAUAUUUGCAUUGCAACGGAUCCUAUUGAAAUUUCGACUUUAUUUUCGAGAACAGUUCUCUCCAAUCGCACGUGUCCAUUGGAUGACAUUUGUUUCACUUACUUGACCGCUCCAGAACGAAUGAAUUCUCAAAUGAUUGUAAAUUUUCAAAUUUCCCUUUCGUCGAGCAAUCAUUUUCUGAGGAGUUUUGUGGAAUUUAACAAGUUUGAUCCUAAGGACCCCUCACUUGUCAAUUCGAAUCAAUUUUGGUCACAACAAGAGCCACAAUUUAAAAAAGCCCAUUGUUUUCGAAUGGAAAAUAUUUUCGAAGAAAUUCGAUAUCAAUGUAUGGCUGAAUUGACAGCACUCGAUUCCGACUCGUCCUACAUAGUUCGUGCUAUUUUCGAAGACACAUCCAUCCCUAGCCAACGUCACACUGGAACCAUAUUGAAAUUUCGAACCACUCCCUCUGAAGAAAACUCCAAGAAGAAUAUUGCAUUCCUUAAUGGAGGAGAUUUAUCAUGGAGAGAACCCACAAUGGCUCUUGCGAAAUUUGUGCAGUCGAUGGGAGAUUCCAAACAGGAUGCACCAUGGCAUUCCUCUCAAAAUUUUGACCUCACAAAUGACAGAUCCGAUUUGGCUCCCUAUUUUGCCAUUGUCGGAGGAGAUGUGAGUUAUGACAAUGGGUGUGCUGCAUGUUAUCGAAGAUGGGACGAUUGGUUUCAAAAGUGGACUUGUUACAUGACGACCACAAUUUCCUAUCCAACUGGUGGUGACACGAAAAAACAACAACCAAGAACGAACAACCAAGGAAUGGCAACGUCAUGGACAAGUCAUACUUACACACUUCCUAUUUUGACCGCUGUUGGAAAUCAUGAAGCUGGAAAUUUCAUGCGAUCUCGUUCUGAUAAUGCCUAUUACAUUCGAUACUUCCCCAUGUCCAUUUCAAAGAAUGGUGAAAUGAUUCGAAAUGACGGAAUGAUGGAAGAUCCACAAUUCACACGACCUUUACAACAUGUGCAUUUCCUUUCGAGACACACCAUGAUUGUGGUGUUAGAUAGUUGGGUGCAUGAGUCACCUCAAGAACAGGUUCACUAUUUACUAGAUUUGUUCGAGCAUCAGGUGCGAAAUGAACAAUAUGUGAAAAAUCGAAUUGUGGUGAUUCACCAUCCCAUGUAUUCUUCGGAAACAAUCAAAACAAUCAUUUCGAAAGAAAUGAUCCACUCAUGGGAAUGUCUAUUUUUGAAGUAUAAUGUGACAGCCGUGUUUGAAAAUCAUGUUCAUGCUUACAAGCAAACAUAUCCCAUUAAGGAAGGUCAAGUGACCACAACAAAGAGUGAUUCGAAUCUAAAGGGCUCUUUUACUUAUCAAAAGCAACCUCAUGAACAUGAACAGCAUGGAAUUGUUUACAUUGGUGAUGGCAGUUGGGGAGUCACAAAUUGGGAUCCAAGUUUGGACUUUGAUAAUCCCAUCUUUCGACAAGUAGGCUAUGUGAGUCAUGUGUUUCAUGUAAAUACUCGAGAAUUGGAAUCUGGAGAGGCCUUGUUGGAAUUAUCAGCACUAGGUUAUAAUAGUACGAGCGAAACUAUUUAUCAAGUGGAAGGAUCAAGAUUGAGAAUUCUAACUGGAUAA